CCAGCGAGCACCUCAUUUUGGCGGAAUUUGGGAAGCUACAGUCAAGUCAGCCAAAGGUCAUCUCAACCGCAGCGUCAUGAAUGCCAGACUGACGUAUGAGGAGCUCACUACAGUCCUAGUGGAAAUAGAAGCGGUUCUUAAUUCUAGGCCAAUAUCACCGCUCUCAUCUGACCCCAGUGAUUAUGAGGCUUUGACUCCAGGUCAUUUUAUUACGGGCAGUGCGUUGAAAUCACUUCCGGAGCGCGAAGUAGCAGCCAACAUCAACCCCGUCGACAAAUGGAGUCAACUUCUAGCGCGAACAAAGUGGACCACUGACCACGCAAAUAUCGCAAAGGACGCCAUGAAUCUCGUCCAUGAGGAUAAUGUGCCACCACAACGAUGGCAAUUGGGACGAACUAUAAAUGCCAUACCAGGAAAGGAUACCAGAGUUAGAGUGGUCGACAUACGAACGUCGAGGGGAACCAACCGUCGCCCGAUUCACAAGGUUGCAGUACUACCGAUUUGAAAGUCCUUUCAACGGGGCCGGGAUGUUGGGUCACCUAACGAGACACCCUGCAAGCUGCCUUAGGUUAAGAACACCUGAACACUCAUUUACUUAAUACUCAUUUAAAUAAUUGCAUUCAAUAACUCCAAUGUUAUUACAUUCACGCUCACUCUCAAUUGUACAAAGAGAUAUACACACAUUUACAUACUUAUAUGUCAAUCUAACACAACUAAUUGUACUUAUACAUAUGUAUAUACUACGUAUGCAUGCUUACAUCCAUAUGUACAUAAAUAUUUAAAUUUAAACUCUCAUUGGAAUUUCACUGUUGUAUCACGCCACCGCCUACUACUGUUAUGUGAAUAUACAUACAUACUAACAUCAUAUUUAGCUUGAAUUACAUAUAAUAUGAGUUGAGAACAUAAAAUAAAUUAGUCUUCUGUUGUAAGGGUGGGUAACUCAGCAAAUUUAUAGGAGUUG